AUGGCGGAACUCGCAGCUGUUGGAGUCGCUGCCAGCAUAAUCCAGGUUAUCGACAUCAGCGUUAGGGUGAUUGAGCGUCUCAACGAAUAUCGCAAGAAAGGGGACAGUCUUCCGGACGCUUUCAAACAUGUCAGCACACGGCUACCGAUAUUCGUUCUUGCACUGAGAACUACCAACUCAAAGAUCGAAGACAUGACAGAUGACGCGAGGAGGGCAAUGAAGCCAGCAAUAGAAGAAUGCUUCAAUCAGAUCAGAAAUUUGGAGAUGAUCAUCGAUAAGGUCUUAUUCAAACCGGGUGAUAGAGGGACUACGCGAGGAUGGAAAUCCGUCGCGAGUGUGAGAUACGACGGCGACGUGAAGGAACUGGACAAAGUCAUACGAAGAUACAUGGAGGCAGUGCAUUAUGGGCUUUCGAGUGCGACACAACAUCUGGAGAAUACUUGGGUAUUUUGGGUAACGUUCGAUACGCCAAAUGCUGUCGCUCAAGAUUUCCGCAAAAUAGCGAAGGCGGUCGGUCUUCCAGGUUGGGACGAAAAGGCGGCAGACAUUUUUGGCAUGGUCCGAGAUUGGCUCCGAGAUGAGUCCAAUGGACCGUGGACGAUGAUAUUGGACAACGUUGACUCCGUUGACGUUCUUACUGCAACCACACCGAAAGCCGCAUCCAGUAUGAGUAUGGACGACGUUUCAGUCAUGCCGGAAAUCCGCGAUUUUAUAGUCACUUCGGCUAGAGGAUCCGUUCUCGUUACGUCGAGGAAUGCCGAGGCAGCACAGAUGGUUACCGGGAAUUGUGCCUACCACAUUGACGUAGAAGAGAUGAACGAGAAUGAGGCAAUCACACUACUCAAGAGAAAGCUCAGUAGCAAGGUCAUCCAUACUGAGGCCGAAGCUGCCGAACUGGUUAAGACGGUCGACUUUAUGCCAUUAGCCAUAUCUCAAAUCGCGACAAACAUCAGCAUGAACUAUCCAAGGCUUACGGUGUCGAAAGCGACCGAGAAGAUCCGCGAACCAAGUGAGGAGACGGCGCAAUUAUUGGAGACAAGUGCUCACGAAACGAGUCGCAACGCACGGAGGACGAAUUCGAUCGUCAAAACUUGGCACCUGUCAUUCCAGUAUGUUAGCCGGACACACCCUUCAGCUGCAAGGCUUCUUUCGCUGAUGUGUUUGUUCGAUCGACAGGGCAUUCCGGAGACGCUUCUCACCGGGCAAUACGGCGAGGAAGUCAUAGCCGCAGCCACCCCACUUCAGCCCCACCUCAGUUGGUGGAAGCGAAUCAGACGACGGCGGUCGCAUCUCAUACGGCGCAGGCGUGCGGCUGAGAAAAAGGCAACGGGCACUAUAACAUUCAAUGCCUCUUCCUUUGACGAGGACUGGAAAGUCCUUACGAAUUUUGCACUCAUCAAAACGAACUUGGAUGGAUGCCAUUUUAACAUGCAUCGGCUAGUGCAAUACACUACCAGAAGGUGGCUGGACCUCAACAGACAGCUGCGAGCCUGGACACAGAGAUAUAUCACCAUCAUCAGAGACCGCUUCCCAAAUCCUGAACAUGAAAAUUGGAAGAUCUGCCAGUAUCUUUUCCCACAUGCUCAGCAAGCCGCCAGAUAUCGCCCAGACAACAAGACAGAGCUUCUGAUGUGGGGACCGCUCAUCCAGAUGGUGUCACGAUUUGCUUACAUUAUGGGAGACUACACGGCAGCGGAAGAUUUGGGUCGCAAGGCACUAGCGGCACUUGAAGAAGUCCAAGGACCGCAUGGAGAAGACGUCCUUCGCGGUUUCCAUCAGCUGGGCCUUGUGCUCAGCAUUUUCAAGCGAUACAACGAAGCAGAGGAGAUGUUUCGAAAAGCGUAUAGCGGAAGACUAGCUUCCCUGGGUCCCGACCAUCUAGAUACCCUAGACAGUGCGAACAAUCUGGGGUCUCGAUUGAACAUGCAGAAGAAGUAUGAGGAAGGAGAGGCCUUCCACAUGCGCACCAUUGAGGGAUACGAGCGGGUUUACGGACCCACCAGCACAGAAACUCAGUCACUCAUGGCCAGGCUUGCGCUCGUGUACAUCAACAACGGGCGUUACGAACAGGCAACAGCGCUUCAUCGAAGAGUUCACGGCAUACAAGAAGAAGAAUACGGCAAAGGAACUAACGAUACCUGUCAUGGUCUGCGCGCCUUGGGUGUUCUACUCAGCAUGCAAGGCAAAGCAGCUGAGGCUGAGAACAUACAUCGUCAAGUUGUGCGUUUUCGAUCGGACAAGCUGGGUCCCGAACACUACGAAACGAUCACGAGUGUCAACCUUUUGUGCGAAGCGCUCGUCAAGCAAGGCAAACUUGAUGAAGCUGUGGCGCAAUGGUGUGGCGUUGUUGGAAUCUAUACCGACCUCGAUGAAAAGGCACGAAAAGAAGCGUUGCAGAGCAUGAACAGCCUCGCUGAGACGCUCCUUCAACAGGGUCAACUUGAAGAAGCAGAAACAGUCUCCCGUCGCCUGGUCACAGAGAGCGAGAAGCUCCUAGGGGCAGAUGAUGUCGAGACGCUUGUUGCCGUUCAUACACUUGCAGACGUCUUCAAGAAACAAAAGCGAUACAAGGAGGCUCUGCCGUUGUACGCGCACGCUCAUGUCGGCACUGAGAAGCGUUGUGGUGUCGAUCAUCCUGAUACAAAAGAGUUUUUGGAGGAUUUCAAUCAAAUGAAGAGGACUGUGCUCGUGUAG